AUGGGCACGUCUCGCCCUCGCAAGUUUCUGCUCGCCCUCGUCCUUGUGGCGUCUCUGAACUUCCUCGCUGCUUUCGCGGCGCUCCCUCCGGAUGGUUAUUACGACAUCAACGAGCCCGCCGGUCUCGAGGAAGCAUACGACGCGCGCGCGCUCCUCGAGGCCAAAAGCGAGGCUGCAGUUGACUCCGUUGACUGGGUUGAAUCCGAUAACUCGGAGGAUCCGCGAAUUUUGGCGGAUGUGGCAGCGGACUUGAAGCAGCCAUCGGAGUUGGACGGCGCCAGUGGCAGCGCGAAGAAAUCGCCGCUCGACGGGCAGGCGGCGACGAACGCGCGCGCGCCAGUGGACUCCGUGGCUUCACCCAAUGGCAAGUCCAUCGCCGCGCGGCCCAAGAAGGGGAAGCAGGGGAAGAAGAAGCACUGCGUGCGGCGUAGGAGAGGCAGGUGCGUCAAGUGGGCAGCGACGAGGAAGCAUUAUACUCGAAUGACCAAGAAGACAACCGGCUACCUGAAAAUUGCUGACAAGGCAUCCGCGAAGCCCAAGGGCGCUGAGAGUGGCGUGCCGGCAGUUGGGAAGCAGGAGGCGGCACCCGUCAGCACCUUUGAGUCGACUCAAAAGAAGGGGGCGGGAGCUGUCAGCACCUCGGGCGCCGACAGCAACUCGGGCGCAGCCCCCCAGCCGCGCGCGCUUCUCGGGGGCGAUAGUGAUGACUCCACUGAAUCCGUUGACUCCGUUGAUUUCGAGGACCCGCGGGUGCUCCGUGAUGUGGCGGCGGACUUGAAGUGGUCGUCGGAUGAUCUCAGCGGCGCCGUGAAGAACUCGCUCGGGAAGGCGGGGAGGAACGCGCACAAAUUGGUCGAGAAGGUGUUCCGCCCUGACAGGUUCCCCAGGGUGAGGCCCGUCCUCAAGCCAGUCACCAAGCCUGGCUCGAAGCCGCUCGUGGGGGUGAGGCCCGUGCUCAAGCCGGUCACCAAGCCUGGUGUGCGGCCUUUCGGGAAGCCGGUCACCUCAGGCUGGCCUGGUGUGCUGCCUGGCUCGAAGCCGCUCACCAAGCCUGGGGAGGGGGGGCGAGGAGGCGGAUGUGAGGGGGGCUGCUAUAUGUUCGUGCUAUCGCAGGGGCGUGCGGGAGCAUCAGAGGUGGUGUGGAGGGCGGGAGAUGAAGGGGCAAGAUAG